GUAUGAUCAUGAUACUCAAGCCCAAUUUCAAUUGAAAGUAUGGACAUGAUAGUUCAGUAAAUAGAUUUGGUGGUCUAGUUUUGAUGUAAUAUGGUAGAAUUGUAAGACUACAACUCCCAGUAACCCAAAAUGACGUUUACCCAACAUGCAGCUUGGCUAUGAGAAGAUAAGGCAAGAUGGCGACUAAAAUAAUCAAAGAAAGUGCUCCUCCUUUUGAUUGUCCAACAUGGGCAGGCAAGCCGCCCCAAGGACUACAUCUAGACGUAAUGAAGGGAGACAAACUGAUGGAGAAACUGAUCAUUGAUGAAAAGAAGUACUACUUGUUUGGGAGGAACCCCGACUGGUGUGACUUCACCAUCGACCAUCAGUCAUGCUCCCGUGUCCACGCUGCCCUGGUCUACCACAAACACCUGAAAAGGGUCUUUCUCAUAGACCUCAACAGCACACACGGAACUUUCCUUGGACACAUUCGUCUGGAGGCACACAAACCUCAGCAAGUUCCCAUAGACUCUACAAUAUCAUUUGGGGCCUCAACAAGGACCUACACCAUCAGAGAGAAGCCUCAAACCCAAGGCCCCGCUGGCACAGGAGACAGUAAGACAGGAGAGGAUGAGGAGCUGAAAGGACUGCUUGGGCUUCCAGAGGAAGAGACGGAGCUAGAGAAUCUGACCGAGUUUAACACAGCUCACAACAAGCGCAUCUCCCUACUGACCAUUGAGGAGGGUAAUCUGGAAAUCCAGAGGCCUAAGAGGAAACGCAGGAAUUCUAGGGUUACCUUCAAUGAGGAGGACUCCAUCAUUAACCCAGAGGAUAUAGACCCCUCGGUGGGACGGUUCAGAAACAUGGUGCAGACUGCUGUCAUCCCCAUCAAGAAACGAAGAUCAGAGGGUCACAACACUCUGGGUCUUGAUGAACUGACUUCAAAGCGCAUCCACGGCUACAGUUUGGGCGGUGGUCUCUAUGGGGACUUACCUCCCACCAGUCAUGAGAACCAGCCAACGGGAGCUCCAGGAGGUGCUUCUAUGCAGGGAGGGCUUCCUCUGCCCUUCCCUAAUCCAGCACCAGAGGUGGACCUGGCCCCAGAGGCUCCCCAGCCCCCUGUCACACUCAACCCCACCCCUGUCACAGCCCCCUACCUACCAGAGACCCACAAUGAGCCACGCAAAAAGAAGUAUGCCAAAGAAGCAUGGCCGGGCAAGAAACCCACCCCUUCACUACUCAUCUAACCAGUUUCUUAAAUCUGCUGACUCUCAGGUUGCCAGCAGAUACAUCAGGGACUGUGACAUGGCAGAGGUGGCGUCAUUAACUUCUCAAUCUUCCUUUUUUUGUUUGUUUGUUGUGCUACUCAUCAUCAUCACAAAAAGAACCAUACCAUUUCCUUGUGGUCUGUCACAAAAUCCCAUCUUCAUUGCCAAGUUAGCAGUUGAUUAGUUGGCCAGAACAUGGCAGAAGAUGAUUAACGUAAAUUUACAAGACUUGGCAGUCAGCAUUUGAGCCUCAGUGGCAGUUAGAUGUUUGUCUGUGAGUGACAGGCUACAUGGAUAUGAUGGUUCAUGAGUUAUGUUUUGGAUGUAAAGUUUUUUUUCUACUAAACACGUUUCAACAUUUUUUUUUUUUUCUCACUCCAGUGUUUUGAUAAUGCUGUUAAACAAAUGGCAAAAAGUACUUUUCUAUAAAAUAUUUUACUGUGAGAAGUCAGAUAAUCCAGACAGUAAGUUUCUAUCAAAACAGAGAGCAGCUUUUUAUUUUGAAAACCUAUUGAUACAAUGUGAAACUUUUCCGUUACAUGUAUUAGACCAAUAUGACGUCAACUAAAGUGUUUUUUUUUUUGUUUUUUUUUGUCCAACAAGCCACUAGAUGGCGACUUGUGCAAAAUGGUUAAAGUUUUUAGUGAGGUUUGGCUGCAGACUUGCACGUCGUUGCUUAAGGCCUGUUGCGCUAACCUUAACCAUGUCCAAAAUCUAUAUGUGGCAACCCAUUAAGUGGUGUUGCAAGCUUCUUGUUAUGAAUUUGGAUUAUUCUGCAGAUAAAAGCCAUUUGCCCUGUCCAAACAGUA